UGUACAUUGUUGAAUUAUAUAGAAAAAAUCGAAAUUCUGAUAUGAAUUCUACCCCUUUAGCUGAUCGGAUGAAAAAUGACGAUCCUCGAAUACUCAAACUGGGUUCAACGUUGAGGACCCGAAUGAGUUGUAGUACUACAGGUUCAUCAGGUCAGAGUGUGAGUUCUUCCGGUACUGGAAAUUCGGGUUCGGGUUCAAGUUCGAGUUCAUCUAGAGUUGAAAUAGUUCCGGCUGGCAAUAUUUGCCCGUCCGGUAAGGUGAUAACUGGGAUGCGUAGUAAGCCAGUUAGGACUGUGUUAAGUGAUAAUGAGAUGAUACCGGGAAUGUAUGGGUACGGGAGCAUAAUGCCUGCCGGAGCUACUCGGAGAACCUGUGGGGUUUCCAGUAGUGAUACGCCGGAAUCCAGUUUGAAAAUUAAUUCGGAAGAAUUGAAAGCGAAAGGUAAUGAGAAUUACAAGAAGGGUAAUUUUUUAGAAGCAUUAUAUUUUUAUGACAAAGCUAUAGCAAUUUCUCCGAGUGAUGGAAGAUUGCGUUGUAAUCGAGCUGCUGCAUUGAUGGGUCUUAAGCGAAUGCCGGAAGCAUUGAAAGAAUGUGAAGAAGCCAUUAGAUUAGCUCCAGCAUAUGUUCGAGCACACCAGCGAUUAGGAUCAUUGUUACUUAGGUAAGUUUUCUUUUUUUUUUUCUUUUUUUCGCUCUGCCCCUGAUUUUGAAAUUUGAAUUAUUCGUAUUGUUUACAGUUUAGGACAUGUUGAAAAUGCAAGGAAGUGUUUAUUUUCGCUAAAUCAGAUACCAGACGAAGCAGAGUUGCACAAGUUGGAAACAGUAGAGAACCAUAUCAAUAAAUGCACUGAGGCUCGGAGACUUGGAGAAUGGACGAGUGUGUUAAAAGAAGCUGAAGCAGCAACUAGUCGUGGAGCUGAGGCGUCUGCUCAGGUAAUUAAUCAAUCACGUUGUGGCCGGAUGAGAUGAAAUGUUGGUUCUGAUAUUGAAUUGAUGAUACAGCUAUUUGCGUGUCAAGCGGAAGCUCAUUUGAAGCUACAUCAAUUAACGGAUGCUGAAUUGUGGAUGUAUAAAGCUAAGAUGUAUGAGGCAUCUGCGAGAGCAUACAAGUCAAAAAAUUUCGGGAUGAUAUCUGAAGCAUACAUAUUAUUUGUCCAAGCUCAGAUCGAGAACACUCUUGGAAAGUGAGUUUAUUUAUAAUAAUAAAAAGUCAUAGUACGAGUUAACCGAACCAAUCAUGAAUAUCUGCAGGUUUGAUAAUGCGUGUGCUGCGAUUGAAAGAGCUGCACAAGUUGAUCUUCAAAGUAGUGAAGUUAUUGGUUUACUAAAAAACAUGAGGUUGGUGGGGCGAGCUCGUUCUCUUGGAAACGAGUUAUUUAAAUCUGGAAGAUAUAUAGAAGCUUGUAGUGCUUACGGUGAAGGGCUUUCGUGUGAUUCUUUGGAUCCGAUUCUCUACUGCAAUAGAGCAGCUUGCUGGUAUAAACUUAAAAAGUGGGAAAAAUCUUUGGAUGAUUGCAACCGUGCUCUCCUUAUCCGGCCACAACAUACUAAAGCUCUUUUACGAAAAGCUGCCUCAAAUAUCAAGGUGACAUGCCAUGCCACCUUUAAAUCGUACGUAAUUUUUUCUUUUUACUUUUUCUGCAAAAAUCAUAAAUUUGAUCGUAUGCAAUGCAUUAUAGCUGGGAAGAUGGGCUGACGCUGUGAGAGAUUAUGAGAUUCUGUGGCAGGAACUUCCAAGUAGCGAAGAGGUUGCUGAAAAUUUAUCCCAUGCCCGAGCUGAAUUAACGAAGUCACACAGAGAAGGUAAUGGCAUGGUGGAGUUGGUUUCAGAUGUUGACAAGUUCCGGGCUGCGAUUGCAUCUGGUAGGCUUUCCUGCAUCAGUCAGUAUGUUAACCUCUUCCUUAUAUCAUUUACUAUAUAACUCAACAACUACUGUAGGUGCAUCUGUGGUCUAUUUUCAUGAAUUAUCCGAUCCACUAUGCACGUGGAAGUCCUACGUCAUGGGUACCUUGAGCGCCAAAUAUCAUUCAGUAAUUUUUCUCAAGGUAAACAAUCAAAGUCAACACGUCGUGCUUUUCAGGCAGACAGGAACACCUAGACUCUACGCCGCUAUUAUAUUUCAUACAAUGAAGAAAACUCGUACUAAUUUAUCUGUUUUCUACUGAAGGUGGACAUGAAACAGAGCCCAGCAAUCGCUACAGCAGAGAAUAUUACAGUAGCAUCUACAUUUAAGCUUUACAAGGACGGCAGUUGUAAGGUGGAUAUGGUUACCGCAACUCCAGAUUUGUUGGAGUUCUCGAUUAGGGACACCCUCUUAUGUCCCAUCUAGAAAGGAUUUUACAUAUACCAUAUGGUUGUUCGUGGUCUACAGAGGGAAAGUCUAGUCUCCGUUUUUACCCUCGUUCAUUCAUUCCCCAUUUCCGAUACUCCUUCCAUUCGUACCUUUUUGAUAUUCUUAGCAUUAGUUAUUUUGCGGCAAUAUAUAGCUGAAGAGUUAGAAAGAAGAGAAAGUAAAUGUGCUAAUUCGAUUUAGAUAAACAUAUCUGGUUAAUAAAAGUUGUCAUUUUUCCCUAUUCCUUUGUCUUGUUUCUUCGUGUUUCAAAUGGAGAAUACGUUAUGCGACCUGUGGAAUUACUUGUUGUCGAUGAUCAAGUCUACUAUGUCUUCUUCGACGUAUACGUAUUCACCGUGUUACUCUAUGGUCCGACCCUCAAAAUAAGAGAAAGACACACUACCAGUGAUUGUGUACAAAUUACUUAAAACUUGAAAUUUUGUAAUAUUCUCAACUCUUGUUUCAUAGAUAAAAACUAACUUUUGGUGGAUGUCCGCAACGACCUAUUAAAUGGCGUGCAUUAGUUCAAAGGGGAAAGCAUCAGUAUUUUGGGAUCAAAUGGGGCUCAGAACCGGAAAUAUGAAUUUUUUCUAUUUUUCAUGUGUUAUAGUCCAUGAAUUUAGGGUGCUAUGUGUGCUCGACAGUUUUUUGGCUAUUUUUUUUUGUGGGCGUCUUUGACGACCUAUUAAAUGGUGUGUGUUUGUUCCAAGGGAUAAAUGUCGGUAUUUUCAUGUUCACAAAUUUUUUUUAGUGAUUUUCGUGUUCAAUAGUCCACGAAUGUUUAUUGAUAUGUGAUCUCAACUUGUUUUUGGCCAACAAUUUUCAUGGACGUUUGUUACAACCAUAUUAAUUAAAUGAGUUGGUCCAAAUGGGCAAACAGACACAUUUUCAAGUUCAAACGAUCCCCAAAGCGGAAAAAUUGAACUAAUUGAUUUUGCAAGCUAUAGUCCAUGGAUUUUUUUAUGAUACGUGAUUUUGACUUAUUUUUUAUCGAAAUUUCUUGUGGGUGUCUUACGACCUUAUUAAUAGCAUGAGUUGAUCGCAAGGGGCAAACAUCUGCAUUUUCAACUUCAAAUGAAGCCCAGAGUGGGAAUGACUAAAUUUAUCUUUUUUUAGUCCAUGAAUUUUGGGUAAUAACUGAUCUCGACAAUUCUUGUCCGAAAUUUUUUUGUGGGCUUUCAAUGAGACCCUUAUUAAUGUGAAUUGGUCCUGUUGACACCCUUUGAACGGGGGUAACGUCGCGGCGAUUUAAUUAAAAAAUUGUUAAAAGAAUUUUUAAAGGAUAAAAAGGUUAAAGGGGUUUAAAGGAAAAAGGGAGUCGCCACCUAAUUUUUUAGGAAAACUAGGAAACCAAUUAACUUAAAAGAAAGUCUGCGAAAUC